AAACGUGGUUUCUCUCAUCAAAGACAGGCGGACCAUUAGUUGAUACUUUCUUUCACAGCUCGAGUGCAAUGCUGCCGUAGCCUAUAAUUUGAGUCUGGCGUAAUCAUUUUAGGCUAAUGUUGAAAUACAGUAGUCGUCUCUAUGGUCUCCAGAAGAUGAGGACACUAAUGGCGGUUAAUUGGCGAGUUCGUUUUGUUUGCAUCGACGGGAUUUGCACAUUUUAGACCAUUCCAUUGGUCCUAUCAGUACCACCGAACGACGGAGAGGCUGUCCCUCAACUCAACAACCAAUAGGAUCAUCUGUACUGGAAGCUCUGGGGGUUUUGUGAAUGUGCCAGCGAACAAGGAAAUGAUUGUGAAGUAAAAACGAAAAACAACAUAUCAGUGUUUUAAUCGUAACGUGGAAUGGCUCAGCUAGUGGAGUUGGGAAUCCUAGCACUCGUUGUCAGUUGACGUGUGAAAGGGGCUGCAACAGCAAUUGGAUGCAAGCUAGCUACCAGUGCUAAAUUAGCUAACAUUAGGUGAAAGUCAAAAGCAAGGAAUUAGCUCACUGGCUAGGUGACAACACAUUCCAGUUCACAUAACGUCAAUGCCAACAUGGCAGGGGGCAACAACAACGGCCAAGGGACAGGAGUUGGAGAGGAGAAGACAGCCUCUCCUAGACAGAGUGAAGUGAACAGAAAGCUGAAAUACAUCAGUUUGGCCAUCCUUGUUGUCCAGAAUGCCUCUCUCAUCCUCAGCAUUCGCUAUGUCCGUACGCUGCCCGGUGAUCGUUUCUUCACCACCUCUGCAGUGGUUAUGGCAGAGGUGCUCAAAGUACUUACCUGCCUUCUCAUCAUUUUAUUCCAGAGAAAAGGAAACCUAAAGGAGUUUAUUGUAUUGCAGUACAACUCCAUUGUCAUCCAAUACAAGGACACGCUUAAACUGGCUGUCCCAGCCCUCAUCUAUACCUUGCAGAACAACCUCCAGUAUGUGGCUAUCUCCAAUUUACCAGCAGCUACUUUCCAGGUGACCUACCAGCUGAAAAUUCUGACCACAGCUCUUUUUUCUGUGCUGAUGCUGCGGAAGAGCCUAUCACGGAUUCAGUGGCUGUCCCUGCUCCUGCUGUUCGCUGGGGUUGCUAUCGUACAGCUGGAGCAGGAAGGAAAACAGAAGGAGACUACAGUCACUGGACCGAGCCAGAACUAUGCCAAAGGACUGGUGGCAGUGAUAGUGUCCUGCCUCUCCUCUGGCUUUGCUGGAGUGUACUUUGAGAAAAUCCUUAAGGGCAGCUCAGCCUCUGUGUGGAUGAGGAACAUCCAGCUGGGCAUAUUUGGCACUCUACUAGGCCUGUUGGGCAUGUGGUGGAACGAUGGCCUUGCCAUUGCAGAGAAGGGCUUCCUGUUUGGGUACACACCCAUGGUGUGGGGCGUCAUCUUUAACCAGGCUUUUGGGGGUUUACUGGUGGCGGUGGUAGUGAAGUACGCAGACAACAUCCUGAAGGGGUUCGCCACUUCCUUUUCCAUCAUCGUCUCCACUGUCGUCUCUGUCUACCUCUUUGGGUUCCACGUGGACCUCCUCUUCACUCUGGGUGCUGGUCUGGUCAUUGGAGCCGUCUAUAUGUAUAGUCUGCCCAAAGCAGCUGCUCCCUCCCCGUCUACUGCUACCCUCUCCUCUUCCAGCCACAGUCUGGCCGACGGCGCUGGAGACUCGGAGACGGAAGCUUUCCUCCCAAAGGCCUCUGAAAAGGAAAAAGGAUGCUAAGAAAGUGCUUCACGUCUGAAGACAUACCAUCCCUGCAUCUCAUGCCAAAGUGAUGUUGAAAGGAAAAUUAUUACAAAUGCCUUCUAUUCAUUUAAUUGAAAUUCCUAUACUAGCAGAUCUGUUGGAGAUGUUUGCCUCGGUUGCGAAUGGGUAUUGUAUGAAGAGAAUUACAUUAUCUUUUAAUCAUGCUUAAUUUACAUGUAACAGAUCAGGAGUUGAAACUUCCUUUGUCGAAAAUAUUUCCUUACACUGUUGCCUUACUAUUUAUCUAACAUUAACAUGAGUUCUUGUUAAAAAAUAUUUUUCUGCUCCGUAUCUACCCAUUUAUAACAAGUAUUAUUUAAUCCCCAUGAGAUGGUUGAAUAGUGUUUAAUUAUUAGUUGCAUUAUGUGUGUGGUGCAUUGAAACACUAAUAUCAGCCUUUAAUGUAAAUCUAUCACGGCCUAUAUUUAACUUUUUUUUUUAAAUGUUGAUGUGUUUGUUCAACACCCAGCUAAGCAAAACUGAAAAUGUGUUGAAAGUAAGGGCAGCAGGUAGCCUAGUCGUUUAGAGGGUUGGGCCAGUAACCGGAAGGUCGCUGGUUCGAAUCUGUAGCCGAUUAGGGGGGGAAUCUGUCGAUGUGCCCUUGAGCAAGGCACUUAGCUCUAAUUAUUCCUGUUAGUUGCUCUGGAUAAGAGCAUCUGCUAAAUAAAUGUAUAUGUGUUGACUUUUA